AUGAGGUUUAUUUGCGGGCCGGAAAGCCCUCGAAAAAAGGACAGUCUUUGGUCUAAUGUCGUCUGUUUAUGUGCUUCCUUAUCUCAAGUCCUUGUAAUGGGUAUUUGCCAAGGGUUUGGUGUGUUCUUGCCAGCCAUUAUGGACGAGUUUCAUACUAGCCGAGAAUUCACCGGUGAGUCUGUUUGCAAAAUUAUUUCUUAUACGAGUACUUUCAAUGAGUUUUGGAGUAUUUAAAAAUCAGACUGCAUAAGUGAGUGAGAUGUUUCCUCGCCCUAUUUUUCCCUCAUGAAUAACCCUAAAAAAUUAUAUUUGCUCGUAAUGUGCAACAUCAUGUCGUUAGCUGCCCAGUUUGUUUGAGCACAGGCCGCCCAAGCUCCAGCUGUGAGAUGAUCAUCUUGCGAAAUUAUAAGAGUUUGUAUGGGGAUAUUUACGACCGCUCUUAGUAAUAAAAAAUGACAAAUUCUCCAUUUAUCGUUAUGCAUUUCUAGGUUUACUACGUAAGGGACGCUUCUCUUACGUAAUAAACCUAGAAAUGGACAACACGCUAAAACACAGGCGGCCUAAGCUCACGUCUCGAGAAAAAGCCAACGAUAAAUUCAUGAACGCGUCACGCGUUGUGUUACUCGGUGUUAAGUUACGGGAGGAACCGUUGAAAAUUUGAACACGUUAUAAGGAAUAGUGUGGGGAACGAAAUAUGGUCGAUUUACAACGAUAAAUAUUUCGAAAUAUGAAUAUUUUACACGUAAAAUCAAUAAAACUUACUCAUGCCCUGUGUAUCCGUCAUAGUUUCUGGCGAUUUCUGCCGUUUUAAGCUUGCUUUACCAUCACUGUUAUCCAUGUCAAAAGACGACUUCAUAUUUCGAAAUAUUUAUCGUUGUAAAUCGACCAUAUUUCGUUCCCCAUACUAUUCCUUAUAACGUGUUCAAAUUUUCAACGGUUCCUCCCAUAACUCAACACCGAGUCACAAAACGCGUGACGCGUUCAUGAAUUUAUCGUUGGCUUUUUCUCGAGACGUGAGCUUGGGCCGCCUGUGGCUAAAAUGGGUUCUUUUCAAAAUAGUUAGCGGUCAGAUAAUAAGCAAUACACUGUGGAAGUAAUUUGAGGUAUUUUCAUUAAGAAUUUGACCGUAUUUUUUUAUUCCAAAGAGCGGUCGUUAAUAUUCCCAUACAAACUCCUACGCUUGCGCCAUGACUCUUAAUUUGCAAGAUGAUCAUCUCACAGCUGGAGCUUUGGCCACCUGUGAUAGGGUGGGCGUCAGGGUGACCUUGAACAGCCGCAACGUCUGGAAAUUACUUCAAAUCCUAAACGACUGAACGACGUAUUUUCCUUUGGGUGGGGGAUAAGAACCGUAAGCGAAAAACUUGUAUUAUGUCAACUAAGCGACAGAGAUACGCUGAUGUUAUGAAGCCAUUUACAUCAGGAAAACAACACUCCAGGAGAAAAACAAAGUGCGACGAGCCCCAUAUUGCUUUUUGUCACACUCAACAUAAUCUAUCAAUGACCAUCCUUAAAAAGAUCCUUUUACAAGUAAGCAACUGGCAAAUUGUUUAGAGGCAGCCUAAGCCUCACAAGAUUUAUAAAAAGCUUCCCUCAGUUUCAUGUAAAAAGUGGGGAAAAUAAUUUUUAAAGACAUGCUCAUCAGAGCAAAGGUCGAAAGGUCAGUUACUUCGAAGUAACCUAACCACGAAAACAGCAAGAGUCGCGUCGGCCUAUCGCCAACAGUAAAUGAGCUUGGAUUCUGCGUUGGAAUUUGUGGCCGCCCGGUCAUUUUGAGCUUGGAUUUUUGGCUUGUGUAGCCUUAGGCUUCUCUUAUGCAGUAAACCUAGAAAUGGAUAACUCGCUAAAACGCAUAUCGUUCAAGUUUUAUUUGUGAAAAUUAGGUUUAUAUCGGAUCAUAUCCCUUCGCAAUGCGCCCUUUCUCUCAAGUUUCCUUCGCAAUGCGCUCUUUCCCCAGGCAAACAGCGGCUGUGAAGGAGAUGACUGGUUUAUUUUUCCUUUGUUUUAACAAUCUGUUGUUGAUUAAUGAAGUAUUACCAAAAGGUGUGAAGUGUUAUCUCUCUUGAUUUAUCCACAGCCUGGAUUGGCUCAAUAGCCUUUGGAAUGAGCUUUUGCCUGUCUCCUGUGGCUGGUCGAUUGUGUGACCGCUUAGGCUCGCGUUACGUGGCGAUAAUCGGCACUGUAUUCUGUUCCCUGGGGCUCAUCCUAACUUCCUUGGCAAGAAAAGUUGAGCUGUUCUUUCUCACUCAUAGCGUGAUGUUCGGGCUCGGGGCUUGCUGCUGCCGGACAGUGAACUUCCUAAUAACAGCCAAGUAUUUUGUCAAGCGAAGGUCGUUUGCGACCGGGCUGGUCACAGCGGGAACUGGUUUGGGGAUUUUCGCUUUAGUGCCGAUAGCUCAAAUUCUGAUCGAUAACCUUGGCCUCAGCGGAGCAUACAGGGUUCUUGGUGGUGUAGUUUUGGCGAACUGUCUCCUUGCGUUGAGUUUUGAUCCUAAUGUAGAGGAAGAAGUAGCAUCAGUGGUGCAAGAAAACACAAAGAAAGGAACCGAGGAACCGCAGAGAAACCAGCAAAAACUUAUCGAUUUAUCAGUCUGGAAAGUACCUACUUUUGCCAUUGUAACUUUGAGUUUUACAGGAAUAUCCAUUGUACUAAAUACACCCCAGUUUCACUUGGUAAGUGGUAACAUAUUCUGUACAUUUCGUGUCAGAUUGUCACCGUACUUUCUUUAUUGACUCGAUCUCCUUCCCGAAACACCAGCGGUUUUCUGUGUUCUAGAUUCGAAUUUUACUGGCCUCUUAUAGGUCACAUGGCCUUUGAUAAGUAAAAGUGUAUCCAGAGGGGGAUACAUUUUGAUCUGCUGGCUAGAUAAACUGGACUGGAUCCUGAACUGACCUAUGAAUCGGACUAUGGACUGAUGUCUUCAACAGCCAACAGUAUUAGUGAUAAUUGAUAACUUCAUUUACGGAUUGCAAAGGUGUCCUCUUAAUUAUUUACUUCAACAUACCACAGGUUCGGUUCUGCAAAGACUUGGGUAUCCCUGAAGAUAAGUCCUCCAAGCUGUUGAUGAUCUAUGGCCUCAGCUCUUGCGUUAUGCGGAUAGCCUCCGGUAAAUUGUGUGACAUCAAAUGGAUAAACCCGAUUUAUGUUUACCAAAUUGGACUAUUUACUAUUGCUGUGGCGGUGAUAUCAUUCGGUGUAGUCUCUGCCUAUCUCCCUCUCUGUGUUGUUAGCGUUUUCUAUGGGAUCGGAGAUGGAAUAAGUCUUUCAUUAACCAAUCUUCUGCUGCUGACCGCAGUGGAGCCUGAAAGACGAGCUUCCGCAUUUGGAUUGGGUAACAUGUUCAUCUCGAUUUCCAUGACAGUUGGUGCGCCACUAGCUGGUUAGUAAAAUGAUAUUUUCAGUUGUGAAGUGAAAUUCUCGUGGUUUUGGUUACUCAUGUAGCUCUACAAUAGUUUUAUAAAUGAUUAUGUUUUGUUUGUCCCGAAAAUCCAUUAACCUUAACCGUGCUCGGGCGUGACACGAGUUUGAUUAGGAGGAAAAAGCCCCAUGUUCUUUUUUUUCGAUUUAGGUGGCCUUAUUUCAAGAUGACACCUUGUCUGUAGAACCACAAUGUCAGAAAGCGAAACCAUGAUUAGUUUUUAGUAAGUGCGCUGACAAAGGGCUACCAUUCGAAACGUCGGCUUUAGAAACUCUAUACGGAGGCCAAUUUACAUUAUCAACUCAGUUGAUAAAACCAAAUUAUUUUGUUAGACUUCCUCACCGACGCAGCACCGCAGUCUCUCUAGAAAAUAACCCUCCCCCCCCUUAUUCUUUAUUAGUUUUGUAUAGUUCACAAGAAUAUUGGGUUAAACUGGACUUCCAACUCACAAGUUCAGUCAGUGGUUUCAUUGUACUUCGAAGAGCCGACCUUCUAAGGAACGUGAAUAGCAAAGAAUUCCUUCCACACGGUUCUUCUUGAGUUUGCCGGCUCAUUCAAUUUCAUAUAGCCAAGGAAUGUUAUACUUAGUUUUUCCUCCUGUACCAACAAAACACUUCUGCUUUUCGCUUGAGACAAAGGAAGAUUUGAUCGGUCUCAUCCAUCAUUCUAUGCCAACUAAAAUUUAUUGAAAUCACUCAUUACAGCCGACAAAUUGUCACCUCCUUUCAUCCUUAAUCCUAGUGAGAAUGGGUAUUUUCUACUGAGAUGACUUAAACUGUCAUCUUGUACUGAUAGUGGCUACCCUUUUUAAUUGGCAGGCUUCAUCGCGGACAAAGCGGGCUCUUAUGAGUUGGCAUUCUACAUUGCUGGUUCCAUGGGUAUGAUAUUUUUUUGUAUUCCAUUUAUCUUGCUGUGCCUAAGAGGGAACGCGAAUCAGCGGGAAGAAAUAAGGGCGACAAAAGAGAGUGACGAAGUUUAA